GUUUUUCUCCUCAAUCCAACCCCACUCCUGCCCUUAACCGCCCUCAACCUCUUCUCUAUGCCAUCUCUUUAAAAACUGCCAUCUCUCGUCUCUCACACAACACAUAUUCUUUCUCAUUUCCAUUUCAGUAUCUUAUCUUUUCCUUUUUACUUGUUUUACAUUCUAGUUGACAUCAAGAAUCAAAUUUAGCUAUGGCUGACGAAGUUCAGAAGACAGCCCAGGAUGGAGUGCUGCAAGUAGACGAGGUGGUUCUUAUUCCUGAUGUGCCACAAGCUGAGAAACCUCCAGCGGCUGCAGUAGUAUCGAAAGAGCCACCUCCGAUAGCCGAAACCGAUGAAGAACCGGUAAAACCAAAGCAGGUUGGGGAGGCUUUAGAGACAGAGGUAUCAAAACCCAAUGGUGAUGAUCAGGAAAAAGUUCCUCAGUUGGGUUCUUUCAAUGAAGAUAGCACCACGGUUGCCGUUCUUCUUGAGAAUGAAAAUAAAGCGCUUGAAGAACUUAAGCAACUUGUGCAAGAAGCGCUUAAUAGGCAUGAGUUUGGUGGGGUAGCAUUGCCACAACAACCAGAAGCAGCUAAAGAGGACAAGAAAACAGAAGUCGUGGUGACAGAGGACGAGAAUGAACCUGCUGCCAAAGAAGAGACAAAGGAUGAAUUGGCUACUGAUGAACCACGAAAACCAGAAACAGAAACAAAAACUGUUGUCGAAACAAAGGAUGAACCAGAAAAGGAAGAAAACAUUGAUCUGGUUGAAACGGAGGUUAUUACAGGGAAGGUUGCUGCUACUGCUGGCUCUGACACAGUGGAAGACGAUGGAGCCAAGACCGUAGAAGCCAUUGAAGAGACUGUUGUUUCAGUCUCUUCUUCAGUUCAACCUGAGCAACCACCAGCAGGUAAAGAACCUGCAGAGGCAAAGGCUGAUGUGGUUCCGGGAGGCGAACGAAAAGAUGCUAAAACAGAGGACAAAGUGCCCCCAGAGGAGAUAUCCAUAUGGGGCACUCCACUUCUUGCAGAUGAAAGAAGCAAUGUUAUUCUCCUCAAAUUUCUAAGAGCCAGAGAUUUCAAGGUGAAAGAUGCAUUUACCAUGCUCAAAAACACGAUCCGUUGGAGAAAAGAGUUCGGCAUUGAUGAAUUGAUUGAACAAGAUUUAGGUAAUGAUUUGGAGAAGGUGGUCUUUAGUCUUGGUUUCGAUAAGGAAGGACAUCCCGUGUGCUAUAAUGUGUAUGGGGAGUUCCAAAACAAGGAGCUUUACCAGAAAACAUUUUCGGACGAUGAGAAGAGGCAAAAUUUCUUGAGGUGGAGAAUCCAAUUUCUGGAAAAGAGCAUUAGGAAACUGGAUUUCAGACCCGGUGGCAUUUGCACCAUUGUCCAGGUUAAUGACUUGAAGAAUUCCCCAGGACCUGCUAAAUGGGAACUUAGACAAGCUACCAAACAGGCUCUUCAUUUGCUCCAGGACAACUAUCCAGAAUUUGUUGCCAAACAGGUGUUCAUCAAUGUACCUUGGUGGUACCUUGCAGUCAAUAGGAUGAUAAGUCCAUUUCUGACCCAAAGAACUAGAAGCAAAUUUGUCUUUGCUGGCCCGUCAAAAUCUGCACAGACACUUUUCAGGUACAUCGCUGCUGAGCAAGUGCCGGUCAAAUAUGGAGGACUGAGCAAAGACGGUGAAUUCGUCAACACCGAUGCAGUUACUGAGACAAUUGUUAAGCCAGCGGCGAAGCACACUGUAGAGUUUCCAGUUACUGGGGCAUGCCUUCUGGCAUGGGAAAUCAGAGUAGUUGGAUGGGAUGUGAGCUAUGGUGCAGAAUUCGUACCCAGUGCUGAAGACAGCUACACAGUUAUAAUCCAGAAGGCCAGGAAGGUUGCCCCUACCGAAGAAGCGGUGGUGUACGACAAUUUCAAGAUUGGUGAGCCUGGCAAGGUUGUUCUCACCAUAGACAAUCCCACUUCAAAAAAGAAGAAGCUCCUCUAUCGCAUGAAGACCAAGCCGACAUCUCAUUAAAACUUUAGAUCCAAAUCAAAAACACAAAGCAUUCGUACUUAAGAUCAUUACAUCAACAGCGGGAAGGAUGAAUUGGAAUUCUAUUUUGCUCUGCCUCUAGAAAAAGCCAAGUUUUUAACAUUAACUUUGAUUUUUGAGCCUGUUAUAUAUAUAUAUAUAUAAUUAUUAUUUAUAUAUAGUUUUUGGGUUGGU